AAAACAGAAGAACAGAGAGAGAGAAGUCCCGACGACGGCGCUCUGGAGAUGGGAGAAGAGGGAGGAGAAUCAGCGGCCGCUCACGCUCGCCGGCCGGCGAUGAGAAUCUUCCUCAGGGACGUGGGCCCCACCAUCUCCUCCGGCGACAUCGAGAGGACGUUCUCGUCCCUCGUUCGCGUCUCCGGCGUCGAGAUCGUCCGCUCGCGGCCGAGCGGCCGCAGCUUCGCCUACAUGGAUCUCGAGCCCACCUCCGACAUAACCCUAGCCAAGCUCUUCUCCACUUAUAAUGGAUGCACUUGGAAAGGGGGGAAGCUUAAACUUGAAAAGGCUAAAGAGCACUAUCUUGACCGUCUGAAGCGGGAAUGGGCAGAAGAUGCAAAACUUAAGGCUGAGACACCGACUGAUUCUGAUACGGACAAAGAUGCAGGCAACUCAAAACCAGACCGCUUCGAGAUGGAGAAUAUGCAGUUGAGAAUUUUCUUUCCAAAACUAAGAAAGGUGAAGUCGUUGCCCUUUAAAGGAACAGGCAAACACAAGUACAGUUUCCAGAGAAUUGAAGUUCCAGCUCUCCCAAUUCAUUUCUGUGAUUGUGAGGAACAUAACGAGUCAUCCAGAACAGCCAGCAAGAAGUAUCUUUCUGCUCUCAACAGUGGUGUCCACUAUGAGAAGGAGCUCGACAUCAUGAAUUCUGUGAUGAACAAGCUCCUCAAAAAGGAAAGUAAUGAACCCAAUACUGAAGAAGAGACAGUGUUAUCAGCACCCGAAAACCUUUCACGUACCUCUAUUGAUGACAUUCAUGAGGAAGAAUCAGAGGAAGAAUCGGAGGUGGAUGAUGACGAACUUGUGACCAACAUCUGGAGGGGAAGAAGCGGCAAAAGAAAAGUUACACUUAAUCAGGAAUCAAGCGUAAGUAAGCACCAAUCAUUCAAAAAUGAAUCGAACCACAAUAAGGCAAAUACUUUGAAACGGAAGAAAGGUGGUCCUGUGGAUGCAUCUGAAGUUACAGCAAACAAGAAAGCUCACUUGGAAUCGCCAGUCAAAAUCAUUGAAAAUGAAUUCUCAGCAAUACUACCCCGAAAGAAGAGUUCAGAUGUUGAUAUCGUUGAAAAUGAAUUCUCAGCAAUAUUACCCCGAAAGAAGACUGCAGAUGUCGAAAUCAUUGAAAAUGAAUUCUCAGCAAUAUUAUCCCAAAAAAAGACUUCAGAGGUUCAAUCUCAAGAAUCAAAUACUUCGACUGAGCCUUCACUUGACAAGGACUUAACUGAACCUAGCGAGAUUGUCACUCAAUCAACAAAAGGCCAGUCAUGGUUACAGAAAUCCUCUUGGAAAAACCUUGUUGCAGGAAAUGGGAACAGUUCAUUUAACAUCCACCAUACUCAAGAGCCUGAGAUUCCAGUUGAGCCUCAAACCGAUAAGGGCCAGAAAGAACGAAGCAAGCUUGGCACUCAAUCAACAAGCCAGAAAGAACAAAGCAAGCUUGCCACUCAAUCAACAAGCCAGAAAGAACAAAGCAAGCUUGCUGCUCAAUCAACAAAAGGGCAGACUGGGAAGAGUCCAUUUGGAAUCAAUGAUUCUCAAGAGACUGAAAUUUCAGCUGAGCCUCAAACUGAAAUUUCAGCUGAGCCUCAAACUGGUAAUGGCCAAAAUGAACAAAGUAAGCUUGCCACUCAAUCAGCAAGAGGCCAGUCCUGGUUACAGAAAAAUUCAUGGAAGGACCUCGUUGGGGGAACUACGGACAGUUCAUUUAGCAUCACAAAUGUUUUGCCAGGCAUUAGUUCCUUGAUACAGAAACAACCUAAAAAUAGUGAUUCAGCCAUUGACACAUCGAUUGAAGUGAAUGAGAAUAAAUCAGAAAAAAGAUCAAAGCUUUUACCUGCUGUUGAUGAGAUGGUCGGAAAUGGAGAUAAACAAGAGGCCAAUGCAGGUCAAGAAGAGCAUAAAGGACCGCAACAGGGUAGUGAGCAGAAAUCGAGGAGCACUGUAAGUGAUGUAUGCACGUUCAUGAGGUCUGAUGAGUCUCUGAGGCAAUGGGCGGAGGCAAAAACAGCUUUAAGUCGAUACCUCAAUAAGAAGAAGAAGAAGAAGAAGAAAGAUGAGGAUGAAUCUCCCAAGAGGGGAAGAAAGAUGAGAUAGAAUAUAUUAAUGCCAGUUACUAAAUUGUUGAUUGUAUCCUCAAUAUUAAGGAAGUGUGACUUAAUUUUCUUAGGAUAUGUUUGUUGAGAUGGAAUGAGUUUUGUGAUCAAAAUUAACUGGGUAUCACAUUUUGUUCUGGUGGUGGAAUGGACUGUUAUUCUGCUAGUUAUUAUGUACCAUUUUUGUGGAUUAUUUGAGCUAUAUGAAGCUACCUUCAUUUUCCUUGUGAUUC